UUCACCAUGUCUCCCAGUUCAUCAGAAAAACAAUGUGGAAAGGCUCCCACUAUACAGUCCCACCUCUAGACCACCAGGGUCUGGGUCUUCUCCUGAGUUUCCUGGAUAGUCUUCUGCCCCUAUGUCAGCACAGAGCCUCCAUCUGAUGCUCCAGCCUCCAAGGGAAAGUAGCAGUGGAGACUCACAGUUACAUUUGGUUCAGUGCUUCUCAGAAAAGAGGCCUUGAUGGUGGGUUAAAAUCCUAGUCUGAAGCUCCUGCUAUGAUUUCUCUUCAUUGCCUGGCCUAAAAGAAAACUGAAAGAGGAAGGAAUGGCAGUUUCUCAGUGCUCAGUGACCCCUGAAGACGUAACUGUGAUAUUCACUCAAGAGGAGUGGGCACUAUUAAAUCCUUCAGAGAAGAAACUCUACAGAGAUGUGAUGUGGGAAACCAUUGUGAACUUUGUCUCAAUAGACAGAUUACAAGGGGACCAUUCUACAAAAGAGCAGCAUAACCAAGGAAGUAAACAAAGUAAUAUAGUCAAAAUCACUGAAGCCAAAGAAAGAAGUCAAGAUGGUGAAAAACCUCAAGAAUGUGAAGUAGACAGCAAAGUAUUCACUUAUUCUAGUUAUCUUCAAAAGCAGAAAAUAAUUCCCAUUGUAGAGAAAUCUUAUGAGUGUAAACAAUGUAGUAAAACAUUCAGGCGAUCCAGUCAUCUUCGGGAACAUGAAAGAACUCAUAAUGGAGAGAAACCCUAUGAAUGUAAACAGUGUACUAAAAAAUUCAGGAGAUCCAGUAAUCUUCGGAUACAUGAAAGAACUCACAACGGAGAGAAGCCCUAUGAAUGUAAGCAAUGUACUAAAACAUUCAGUCAACUAAGUCAUCUUCGCACACAUGAAAGAACUCACAGUGGAGAGAAACCCUAUGUUUGCAAGCAAUGUAGUAAAACAUUCAGUUGUUCCAGUUAUCUUUGGACACAUGAAAGAACUCACAGUAGAGAGAAAGCCUAUGAAUGUAAACAAUGUAGUAAAGCAUUCUUUACAUCCAGAUCUCUAAAAAACCAUGAAAAAUCUCACAGUGGAGAAAAGCCCCAUGAAUGUAAACAAUGUAAUAAAACAUUCUUUACAUACAGAUCUCUUUGGAAUCAUGGAAAAACUCAUAAAGCCGAGAAACCUUAUGAAUGUAAACAAUGCAAUAAAACAUUCAGUUCUUCUAGUCAUCUUCGAGAACAUGAAAGGACUCACAGUGGAGAGAAACCCUAUGAAUGUAAAGAAUGUACUAAAACAUUCAGGCGAUCCUGUCAUCUUCGGGAACAUGAAAGAACUCACAGUGGAGAGAGACCUUAUGAAUGUAAACAAUGUAGUAAAGCAUUCUCUACAUCCAGUCAUCUUCGGAAUCAUGAAAAAAUUCACUGUGGAAAGAAACCCUAUGUAUGUAAACAAUGUAGUAAAACAUUCAGUCAACACAGUCUUCUUCUGAAACAUGAAAGAACUCACAAUGGAGAGAAGCAUUAUGAAUGUAAACAAUGUACAAAAACAUUCAGUCGACCCAGUCUUCUUCAGAUACAUGAGAGAAUUCACAGUGGAGAGAAACCUUAUGAAUGUAAACAAUGUAGUAAAGCAUUCAGAUUUUCUAGUUCUCUUAGGAAACAUGAAAGAAUUCACAGUGGAGAGAAACCCUAUGAAUGUAAACAAUGUACUAAAACAUUCAGUCAAUUAUGUAAUCUUCAUACACAUGAAAGAAUUCACAAUGGAGAGAAACCCUAUGCAUGUAAACAAUGUGGUAAAACAUUCAGUCAGUCCUGUUCUCUUCAGACACAUGAAAGAAUUCACAGUGGAGAGAAACCUUAUCAAUGUACACAAUGUAAUAAAACAUUCAGAUUUUCUAGUUGUUUGAGGACACAUGAAAGAACACACAGUGGAGAGAAACCAUAUGAAUGUACACAGUGUAAUAAAACAUUCAGUUCUUCUAGUUAUCUUCGGAAGCAUGAAAUAGCUCACAGUGGAGAAAAGCAGUGUGAAUAUAAAUAAUGUAGUAAAACCUCAGAAUAUUCCUCUACUCUUCAGGUACAUGAUAGAAGUCAUAGUGGAGAGAAACUUUGAAUGUAAAUAAUACGGUAAAGCUUUCCAUUCCACUACUAGUUGAGCAUAUGAAAAUAGGCAUUGUGAU